AUGUUCCGGCAAAUACUCGUCCAUCCGGAAGAUCGCCGCUUCCAGCGGAUACUCUGGCACUCAGGGGCUUCCGACAAGGUCCAAGAAUUCGAGCUGAACACCGUGACCUACGGGCUCGCCUGCGCUCCGUUCCUCGCCGUCCGCACACUUCGCCAAUUAGCAGCCGACGAAGAAGCGCGGGGCCCGAAGGGGGCAGCCGCUCUGCGCCGUGACUGUUACAUGGAUGAUGUAAUUACGGGAUCAGACACCUUGCACGAUGCGGUCGCCUUGCAGACGGAACUCCGAGAGCUUUGCACGGCGGGCGGGUUUCCGCUGCGGAAAUGGGCCGCCAAUAGCGAGACAAUCCUGGAGGGAGUUCCUCCGGAUCAUCGACUCCAGCAGGCGCACCACUCCUGGGAGAACGAGGUGCACUCCACCUUAGGCCUGCGCUGGCAUCCCGCCAAACUUUGCGCUGCAUCCUUGCUGACGGGUCUUGUACGGCACCUCCGGUCUUCACUCGACCUACCAUCGGCGCCCGUAUAUCUCUGGUCCGACUCCCGAGUCGUCCUUCACUGGAUCAAGGGCCACGCGUCUCGGUGGAAAACCUACGUGGCCAACCGAGUGUCACUGAUCCAGCAGCGGCUCCCCGAAGCUCAAUGGAGGCACGUGCCUGGCCAAGAGAAUCCCGCCGAUUGUGCGUCCAGAGGGAUCGCACCGAGGGACCUGUUGAACCACUCCCUCUGGUGGAAUGGCCCGGCCUGGCUGCUCAAGGGUCAGUCGCUAUGGCCGGACAGCCACGACCAGACAUCGAUGGAAAACGUUCCUGAAAAGAGAAUGACGGUAUUAGUCGCCACCAGCAAGGACAGACCGGAGCCGGAAAUCCUCCUCCAGUUCUCAACGCUGCAUAGACUCUUACGUGUCUCUGCCUGGUGCCUUCGUUGGCGCCGAACUCCUCGCCGUUCUCCCAGCACUGCACUGCUCCCGGACGAACUCGACUCCGCUCUACUCCGUUGGCUCAGGGUCGUCCAGGGAGUCCACUACCCUGCCGAGCUCGCCGCCGUACGUGAGUCUCGCUCAAUGCCUCACGGCAGUCACCUGGCCAGGCUGCACCCCUUCAUCGACGACAAGGGAGUCCUGCGUGUCGGUGGUCGCCUGAAACACGCCAUACUGACCUUCGAUGAACGACACCCCAUGAUAGCACCGCCCACUUCAUGGCUCACUAAGCUCAUGGUGGAAUCCUGCCACCGCCGGACGCUGCAUGGAGGCACGCAGCUCACUCUGGGGCUCCUCCGCCUCCGCUUCUGGGUUCCGCAGGGUCGAGCCGUGGUCAAGCGGAUCCUGCACCGAUGCGUGACUUGCACCCGCUGGCGAGCCAGCACUCCGCAGCCUCUCAUGGGCGACCUCCCUCGAGAGCGAGUUACUCCUGCUCGUCCCUUCCUGAGAACGGGAGUCGAUUACGCUGGCCCGAUAUUCAUCCGUACAUCCAAAGGACGUGGACAUCGAGCGCAUAAGGCGUUCAUAGCUGUAUUCGUUUGCCUUUGUUCCAGAGCGAUCCACCUUGAAGUAGCGUCUGACUACUCCUCAGACGCUUUUCUCGCCGCCUUCCGCAGGUUCGUUUCCCGCCGUGGACUGUGCGAGGAAAUGUACUCAGACUGCGGGACGAACUUUAUCGGAGCAGACAGACAACUCCGAGAACUUUUCCGAGCAUCUUCUCCCGACGGCCGUCGAAUCUCUCAGGCAGUCACCAAAGAGGGUAUAUCCUGGCGCUUCAACCCGCCUAGCGCCCCGCACUUUGGAGGACUCUGGGAGGCGGCGGUGAAGUCGACGAAACAUCACCUGCGACGGGUGAUAGGAGAAGCUACGCUUACCUUCGAGGAGAUGAGUACUCUUCUGGCUCAAAUCGAAGCUUGUCUGAACUCUCGUCCGUUGCAGGCCUUAUCUGACGAUCCGGACGACCUGUCCGCACUGACUCCAGGACAUCUUCUUAUAGGCGCCCCUCUGCUGGCGAUUCCAGAGCCUUCAUCGGCCGAACGUUCACCAAGUAUGUUGUCGCGGUGGCAACUCCUCCAGCGAAUGCGCGACCACUUCUGGCAGCGAUGGUCCCAGGAGUACAUCCACGCCUUGGCACCCCGUCCAAAAUGGCUCAAGGCCGAGCUCGCUCCGGAGGUCGGAGCUUUGUGCCUCAUCCGCUCGGAGUCAACUCCACCUGCCCGAUGGCCUCUCGCGCGUAUCAUCCGGUUGCACCCAGGAAGCGACGGCACUGUCCGCGUGGUGACCGUCCGAACGUCCACGUCGGAACUCGUCCGGCCGAUUGUAAAGCUCGUCCUCCUGCCGGGAGUCAAGGAGGCCCACACGCCCGCGGACGAGUAG